AUGCUCUUUGCCAUUGUGCUGAGGCUGGUGGCAGCUUGUCCUGCGUCAUGCGUGGUGUGCACCAGAGAUGUAACCCUCUGUCAACAGCUAAACUAUAUAGUAGCAGCCCCUGCGACCACGAAGGUUUUAAUCAUCACUGAUGGAUACCUCUCCGCCAUAGAGAGCACAAAUCUCUCCCUCUUGUUUAAUCUUGCCUUGCUCUCCUUGAGCAGAAAUGGCAUCGCGGACGUUCGGGAAGAUGCCUUGCAUGGCCUCUCAGAGUUGCGGACACUGGUGCUGGAGCACAACCAGAUAUCCAGCUCUUCACUUACUGAUCUCACCUUCAGCGCGCUUCACGGUCUGCAGGUGCUCGUGCUUAGCAAUAAUGCUCUGCAUACCCUGCGGGGGUCCUGGUUCCGGAACACCAAGGGCCUGACCCGGCUCCACCUGGAUGGGAAUCGCAUCACUAACCUGACAGGCACUUCCUUCGGAGGCGUGAAGCUGCACCAUCUUAGGCAUCUGGAUUUAUCUAACAAUUUUAUUUCCUACAUUGGGAAAGAUGCUUUCCAGCCCUUUCCUCAACUACAGGAAGUGGACCUUUCUCGAAAUAGGUUGGCCCACAUGCCAGAUGUUUUCACUCCACUGAAGCAGCUAAUCCUUCUGAGUUUAGAUAAGAACCAGUGGAGCUGCUCUUGUGACCUCUACCCCCUUGCCCAGUUUUUAAGAAACUAUGUUAAGUCUUCGGCUCGCAUGCUCCGGAAUGCCCAGGACCUAAGUUGUCAGUCAUCUGCCGCGGCUGUGGCCACCGCAAAGAGUGUGCUAAAGGUGUCUGAGACCAACUGUGACUCCAAGGUCUCCAACUUCACUCUGGUUUUAAAGAACAGAAGUCCCCUCCUCCCGGGGCAGGAUGUGGUCCUGCUGACUGUCCUUGGCUUUGCAGGAGCUGUUGGUCUCACUUGCCUAGGUUUAGUUGUAUUUAACUGGAAACUCCAACAAGGCAGAGCAAAUGAACACACAUCAGAAAACCUUUGUUGCAGAACCUUCGAUGAAUCCCUGUGUGCUCAUGAGGCAAGAAAUUACCACGCUAAGGGAUACUGUAACUGCCACUUAACUCAGGAAAACGAGAUAAAGGUCAUGUCCAUUGUGGGGUCCAGAAAGGAAAUGCCACUUUUACAGGAAAACAGCCAUCAAGCAGCACUGGCCUCUGAGUCCACAGCCCCUGACGGAUCAUUUAGAAACCUGAAAGGUAAAGACCAUGGGGCAGACAGCACUUUCUUCUGCUUUGGUGGCAGAUUGCUGCAGUCAGGAUGUUCAGAGCCUCCUGGGAAUAUGGCAGCUUUUAAUGAAGCAGGCUUACUUACAAGACAUUGUCCAAAGAGAGUUAAAGAGCUAAGGAAUCAUGAGCCUGGGGAAGUCCAACCUCAAACUUUGCCACAGCAUGUAACAGGAACAUUAGAUAUCAACAAUGACACAUUCAGGAGGAGAUAUGCAACAUCCGCUUCAGUGUUGGCAAGAGAAAGUCUUGAAAAGCAUUUAACAAAUGAAUCAUGGCAGCCUCCAGUAGAAAAAAAAGACAAAGGCUUACAACCUCACAGGCAGAGACAUUUUAUUACAGGUUCAUCAUCCCAGCCUUGUGAGCCUGAGGAACACUGUGUACAACAGAUCUUACAAAAACAUAGAUCAAAAUAUGAUGAUCCUUGUGGACCGUUAAAAUGGAGCAGGCCUAGCUAUUUUCAGCCAAACAGUUCUCUUAUCUGUAAGUAUGUGCCCUGUGAUCAAUUUCAAGAUUACGUGAAAGAAAAGAAGCCAAAUCGUCAAGAACAUUCAAAGGCCAAGAAAGAGCAGAUCCAAAUUAACAGUGCAAUAGAAAAAUUCCUUAUGAGGGAGGACAGCACAGAGUUAUCAAGGUUAUCAACAAAAAUCAAGAAAACAUAUUCCCCUAAGAGGGUUAGCUUCUGUGAUCCUGAUUUAGUAGAAAAAAAUCAUCUGGUGAUGUCAUCUAAAACAUCAACCCACUGGAAACAGCAGAAAACUCAAAGUAGCCCCCUGACCAAGUUGGAUCUCAAAAAAUGUGGCAAUCCUCAGGAGGGAAACAAAGGAGAAAAACGGUCUACUGAUCCACAGAUUCCGAAAAAGAAGAGAACCAGUCAAUCUGACCUCAAAGGGAAAAUUAAAAAACAAAAUUCAAGGAUAAAAUUAAACUCACACCCAUUCAGAAAAGUCAAAGUCCAUCCAGAAAAAUCAUUGCCAGAACUCCCAAAGAAAUGCAAACAGGUAUUGUUACUGCCGCAUAAAUUACCUAAAGCUUCUCAGAAAGAAGCUGAUAUAAACCUUGUGUCCUCUGCAGAUUUUCCCCAACAGCCAGUGAGUAACAACAACUAUGAUAAACUCACUUCAAAGAGCAUUCCUCUCAAACAUGCUCCAAAGCAGACCCCGUAUUACCAACAAGACACUAAAAAGACUCCUCCGCUCAGUGCUAAUGACUUACCUGUAGUCACCCAGAGGUCCAGGGAAGGCAACUGUCACCCUAAUGGCCUCAUUCCUGAUAGCAAUGCAUCAACACUGCCUCUACCCACACCCGUCAUAGCUGAACACAGGCAGGCAAGCUCUCAAUUUUCAAAUGAGCAAGUGGAAGGUGCAACUCCCCUUGCAUUGGAAGUGCCCAAGUAUUUACCAGCUACUUGGGAAAAUACAGAAAGUGAUGUUUUACCACCCAGCAUUUCCAGGGGGUCUACUGACCAAGGGGCAACAGAGCCCACUGAGCACAGGGAGCAGGACAAAUCCAAGAUCAUUGAGCCAAAUCAGUUUUCUUUGUCCCUGGGGAAUCAAACACAAUUUGUAGAUGGCCACAAAAUGGACACCAAUAAAGAACAUACCUUAAAUCAAAAUGAAACCUUGAAACAUGUAGAGCAACACUCAAGUCACACACAACUUGGAAAUGAGGAAAAAAUGUUGAUGACCAAAUGGAAUAUAUCACAUCAAAUUGUGGAACGCUGUAUCAUGGAUGAGGGAAAUGGUGUAGGAAUAAAACCUCCUCAAAGAGAAACUGAUGAUUCCGCUCUCAUUUCCUCUGAGACACAAGCCACAGGAGACCUAACUUCGAUGAAGACAAAUUCUAUUCCAUACCAAAAUAGAACAGAGAUUCCCAAAGAUGUCAGUACUUCUCUUAGUACUCAAGCCAUUUGCAAUCCAACCAACAGUGACAAAAAAGAAACUGAUAGCACAAAUGCAUUGCCCAGAGAUGAUGGCACUGAAAUAUUAGGGAUAAAAAUAUUAGGGAAAGAAGAGAAUAAAAUGUUGGAUGGAAACAAGGCAGAUUCUAGUACAUUAAUUAGGACUGCACAGUUGACCUUAAAAGGUAGUAGAAAAGAAAUGCAGCAAACUUGGGAAAAUGGAAAAAGUGAAAAACAUAUGUUGUAUGAUUCAAGCUCUGCUGAGGCUACUAUUACAGCUAAGGAUUUGAGUAUCACAUGUUCCCCGGAAGCUGAAAAUAGUCCUCGUAGUGAAAUAGAUUUCAGAAUUAACUGUAAUUUGCAAGAUUUCGGAGAAGUUCAAAAUAUUCAACCAGAUAAAGAUGACAGAGCUCAUAAAGGAGGUGCAGUGGCAGUGCAGACACAUCUAGUGCUUUCCUCUUCGCCAGAGUUAAAAGACACGAGUUUUGAGACAAGAAAUAAGGUGCCUCUAAUUCCUUGAAGAAUAAAUGAGGCUGGAAGCUCUGCUCCAAAACCUACACUGUAUCCGCCAUCUGCUGAUUGUGCUAAUCCCUCACCUUUAGAGGCAGAACUCAACUAA